AUGAAUUUAUACAAUGUUGAUUAUGUAGUUAAAAAUAAUGAUUUAACUAUUAAAGAUUUAGAUAUUCAUCAUAAAUGCAAAUUAGAAUUGAAUGAAAUUAAAUAAAAAAUUAAGAAUAGAGAUUAAAAAUUGACAGAAACAACUUAUUCAUAUCUAAGAGACUUAUAAGGUCUUAGAGAAUAAUUAUAUAGAUAAGCUAAUAAUCUAAAUCAUGAUUUUUCAGAUCAAAGACAUUUUGAUUCUUUUGAAAUAAUUGAUCCAAAAUAUCGAGAGUUGUUGAAUACUAAAGUUAACAAUAUUAAAUCUGACUAUGAAUAGAAAAUUAAAUAUCUUACAUAAAUAUUAGAAUCACAAAAAAAGGAAAUAGGAGCAUUGAAAUCCUAAAUAUCUGAUUAUUAAUAUAGAGCAGAACAUUAUGAAAAUCCUGAAUUUUUAAUUAGAAAAUUAUUUCAUGUAGAAAGAGAUCCUUAUGAAUUAUGGAGAUUAAUCUAAGAUAAUUAAGGAAAUCCUUUUCUCUUUUAAGUAUUUUCAAAUUAGAAAAAAGGUUAUGGAAUUGAUUACAUAGAAAUAGAUUAAUUAUUGAUGGCUGUAAAAGUAUAGGAUAGAAUAUUUGAAAGACAGAAAUAAACAUUGGAUUAACAACUUGCUUAAUUUAUGGAAAGAAUAUUAGAAGAUGUAUAUGAUUUAAGAUAAUAAAUAUUGGAUAAAGAAUCUGAAUUAGAUACUUAUAAAAAAAAAUAUAUUAGAAAUCUCACUGUAUUAAAUAAAAUUAUUUUGAAAGCUUUUAAUAAAAGUAACCUUUCAAUUAUUAUUAAGUUAUAAGUUCAUAUAACUUGUUGUUGAUGAAGACUUCUUUUAAAUUAUGGAAAGACAAAGAACUUAAAUUAGCUUCUCUAUUAAAAGAUUUAUCUAAAUUUUAAAUUAAAAAUCUUGAGCAUGAUUUAUUUGAUUAUUUUAUCUAAUAAAUAAAUGAAAUUUAAGAUAAAGUAACAUUUUUAGAAUUGAAACUAAAUGGUUAGAAAGUAUUAACCAAAACAUUGGAAUCUAAAAAUUCAAUUAUUCAAAAUACAUUAACAUUAUUAAAAUGCAAUUUCAAUAUUAAAAAUUUUGAUACAGAUCUAGAGUAAAAAUUAUUAAAAUUAGAUAAUUUUCAAAUUAGAUUUUGUAAAGAAUUAUUAGAUCAAUUAAUGUUGUAGAAAAUGACAUAUUAAAAGUAUAUAUAAUAAAUUCAAAAACAAGAUUAAUAUGUACAAACAGAUAGCACAGAAAUCAUUGAUUAAUCCAUUAAAACUAAAGAGAUUAUUAUUGAUAAUGUAAAUUUGAUUACAUAUAUAAAAGAGAAAUAUCAGGAAAAAAAAGAAAAAUCCAUACUAUAAAAUGGAAUUCAUAAUUCAAAUAGAUCAUAUUCAAUUUAAGAAAAUCAGAAACCAAAUAUUGAUUAAUUGCCUUAAUUAAAAUAACAAAAUAAAAGAAUGACUUAAAUUGAUUCAAAUACUAUAAAGUAAUCAAAUUAACUCUAAAUUAAUGAAUAAUAAGAACAAUAAUCAAAUAAAAUUACAAGAAAAACAUCUUUAAAAGAAAUAGAAUUAGCAGAUAAAAAAUAAACUAAAUUUAAAACUGAUUAGUAAAAUCAUUCUCCAAAUAAUAUUUAAACUCAGAGAAUUAAUCCAAGUAGUUUUUCAUUUGAAAAUGAACCUAUAUCAAAUAAACAAAUGAUUUACAAUUCUGAUGACAUAUAUUUUGAGCAAAUUGAUAACACUUAAUUAUUUCCUCAUUAAAGAAAUUUACUUCCUUAAGUAUAGGUUCAUAAAGAAAUAAAAUAAAAUAUAAAACAAGCUAAAUUAAUUUAAAAUAAUGCUUAAAUUUAAUGUGAAAGUGAACCUGAAAGAUAAAAGAAAUAUAAUGAAUUAAAAAAUAAACACAAAAAUCUUAAAUAUAAAAACAACAUGAUAAUCUAAUAUGAAGACUAUCCAAAAUAUGAAUAAUAAGAAUAAUUAUAAAUGUUUCUUAAUCAAUCAAGUUGUUAAUCAAAAAAAAAUAAAUAAAAAUUAACAUAAUUCAUCUACAAAGUGUGA